ACGCACGCAAACGCACGCACGAGCGCACACACACACACGCACACACCCGCGCGCUCCAAGCUCGUUUUGGCUCGCGCCCACUGGCCUCGCCGUGAGCGCCACACCGCGUUCGUGCGCUUUGUUGUUCCCGGAAACCUUCGACCUUAGCGCUCGAUCUCAGCUCGCCAUGCGAUGGAUAUUCUGUGGCAAUACCAGUUCAGGAUUAUUCUGCUCGGCGACUCGACGGUCGGCAAAUCGUCUCUGCUUAAAAGGUUCACGGACGGCGUGUACAGCGAUGUGGCGGAUCCGACGGUCGGGGUAGAUUUCUACGCCCGAUCACUCGACAUAGAACCGGGGGUAAAGAUCAAACUGCAGCUGUGGGACACCGCCGGGCAAGAGAGAUUCAGGUCCAUUACAACCUCCUACUACCGCAAUUCGGUUGGCGGACUCCUGGUGUUUGACCUGACCAAUCGCAAGAGCUUUGAGCAUGUGCGUGAAUGGUACCGCGAAGUCACUGAGCACAUCCUGCCACACCACAUGGUCUACAUCUUGAUCGGCCACAAGAGUGACCUGAGCCGAGAGCGUAAAGUGCACCGCGACGAGGCCGAGCAGCUGGCAGCCGAGUUGGGUGUGCGCUAUGUGGAGACGUCAGCGAAGUGCAACAGCAAUGUGGAGCGCGCCUUCGAGCUUCUGGCACGUGACAUCUAUGAGCUGAUGAAGAUGGGUGAGAUCUCGGCGCGUGAUGGCUGGGACGGUGUCAAAAGCGGCCUCACAGCUAAAGUCCUUUACCCAGCCGAGGAAGAGGCAGAGAGAGAGAAGAGCUGCAACUGCUGACUUGGGGUGUUCGCCAUUAACCUCUCACCUGUGUCAGUCAGUUGUCCUUGCUGGGUUCACGCUUUCACUUCCUGUAUUGCAAGUCGAGCUCGCUGCUUGUCCCUGCAUUAUCUGUCUGUCCCCAUCUUGAGAUGUGUGGUUCUAUGAAUAAGCACCAUGCAAUACUGGUUAAAAAAAAUGGUCUCCUUCUUUUUGGAUAGGCUUCAGGUUGGAUAAAUAUAAGCAUGGAUGGACAGCACAUGGUUCUAAGCAAGAGCAGCAAAAUGCAGGAAGGCGCUUGGAGACAUCAUUGGUUGAAAGAGAUGGCAGCGGAAUUCUGUUUUCCCUGUAUUCUUUUUGAGCUUUAAAUCUCUUGUUGUUUUUGUCACACAGUGUUAAAUCACUGAAGAGGAAUGUAGUGUACUUUCUUUUUGCGGAAUGCUGUACUCCAACCACUCCACCUAUUCCACCAUGGUUUAACCUUUACUUUCAUUUGGUGCAAACACGGUCACAUAUUUUCACAUGAACUCACACAUGAAGAUACACAUGAACUUGCUAGGUUUCAUGCAGAUUAUGUAAUUCAUUAUUCCAUCAAGAAUGUGCAUUGUGGUUAACAUGUAAAUGAAUCAUGCAAAAUCAGCAGUGGGAAAACUGUCAAACUAAGUGGCAAAUUUGGUGCUGUGAAAAAGUAUAUACGCUGUAAACUGAGACACAGAAAUUCCUAGACUCCCGGCUGAUCUCGCUUUCUGUAUGCUAGUACGUCUGUCAUUAGUACCUGAAAUGUUAGCAAUGCCAUGUGCCAAAAUUCUGGCCCUGUAAUACAGUACUGUAGGAAUGAUCAUGUAAUAACUGAACCUUAUCAUCAAACUGAAAUAUCCAAUAUAUCACCUCUGAGUUUAUACUAAAUCUUGAGUUUAUAGCAAAUUGAAGAAUGAAUUUGAGUGCCAUCAUAUUUGUUCUGUCACUAGCUCUUCCUUCUGUGGUGGCUUGUGACCUGAACAUUACUGCACCCUGUCAGAAAAUCCAUUUCUACAAGCUUCCUCUCAGUGAAAACAGGGAAUGGGUACACAGCCACAUUCAGCUCUAGAUGUGCCAAACUCUUAAUAAUGCGAGCUGAAACACGCUUUCAUUUAAAAAAUAAAUGGGCUAUUUUUUCAUACUGUAUGCAAUCUAGCUGUAAGCAUAUAUAUACACAGUACUGUGCAAAAGUCUUGGCACCUUUUUUUUUUUAGUACAAACCGCGUUAUAGAUUUUUAUUUGAUUUACAUUAUUGAGUCAAUACAAAAACAUUUUAGUUUUCCAGCACAAAAUUAAAUAUUACAGAAAAUAUUUGUAUGUCAGUAAAGAAAACAGCAUAUUACAUAAGAGAUUACUUUUCAGGAAAAAAAAAAAACAUAAUGAAGGGUGCUGGGUUUUGCUAAAAAAAAUAAAAAGAAAGUGCAACAGUCAACGUCUCCAGAAGAACUGGGUCUGGUUCUGCAAGAUGCUCAGCAAAAUUUACAGCUCAUUUCCUUAUAAAACUGCACAAAUUUUAUCCGAGACUACUAUUUUUUUUUUCAGAAAGCAAAGGGUCAUCUCAUCAAAUAUUGAUUUUAUUGACUCUUUGUAGUAUUUAUUUUUUUUUAAAUGUAGAAGCAUUUAGUUUUAUUAUUUUUAAAGGCAUCUUUGGUCUACAGCAUUUAUUUGCAUGUGCCUAAGACUGUUGCACAGUACUACAGAGGUAUUGCAUCUAUAAGGGUCAUCUAGGUCAUUUUGCUCAUUCAGUAGUAGUAAGUCAAAACCGAUGUACAAUCUCAAUUCUAUUUGACUGAGAGCUAUUAUAUAUACACAUACAAUAGUAGACAAAUUUUUAUAAACGCUCGGUGUUUGCCCAUUCCCAAGUUUUUGGCUUGGUUGUAAACUGCACAGUUAUUAUCAAACCUAAAUAGAGAAGAUAUGAACUUGUUUAUUAAUUGGAUAAACACAAGGUCAUGCCUUUUUACUUCCUAAGAGCGAGGACAUCUUGCAAGCUAGAAAUGAUGUUAUCAACCUAGCUAGCGAUGUUAACUAGCCUAAAAUGGUAGCUAACAUAAUAUAUAAUGAAUCAGUUAUAUGUGUUAUAAUUUUGUUUUGUUUGUUGUAAAUAGGUGCCAUAAACAGUAUACAUUUUUUUCUACAUAAUCUCCAUUGUGUUCAAAGCAAGUGUUCCAGAGCUUAACUCUGGAUUCAUCUAGAAAAAGAAAAAUAUUAGAAUCUAAAUUAUGUUGUACUUUUAAGGUUUCAUUUGACUUACGCUCAUAUAUAUUAUAAGUAAUAUAAGUAAUACAUUUUUUUUAAACCAAAGGUUACCAUGCAGUAGGAUUUAGGAAGGUGUGAUGGAAAAUGGCUAAAUAAAAAAAAUUAUUUAAUUUAAUCAUGAAUUAAAAAACAAAACAUUAUCUGGAGACAUUCAGAGAUGAGUUAUACAUGUGCAGUAAGGAUUUAACACUGUACUCAAAGGCAAGUGCUAAAGACAGGUCUUGGAUGGUCUUGGAUGUUUCUAUUCAGGACAAAUCUGGCAAUCUCAGAGGCGUGAAUGCAGGUAAUUUGAAUAAUCUGCAUAAUGCACAUCCAGCAAAUUGAUUUAAACGGGUGCUUAGGCCAUCUCUGAAUGUGUGCAAUAAUCUGCUUGUUCAAGGGUACUACUGAUUUGUCCUCCUCUUUACUUAUAUGAUAUUGACAUUAACUAGCUUAUUCUAUUUAAAAUUGUCACAUACUGUAAGUAAGACAGCUGUUACACUACCUAACACUCGUGUAAUCCUUGUAAGUAGCCACGAGUGAUUUUUCAGCUAAUAAAAUGAAAUGGGCUUGGCACCUCAUUCACAGACUACAGCUCACUUUUUCAUUGACAUCUUUACAGUUAUCUUAUCAUCAUCACAAUUUAUCAUCAUCACCAUUCAGUCCUCCUUCAACGAUACUCAGUAACAUGUAUCUCAUGUGCUUAUGGGUUGUACUGUAAGCGCAUUCUUCUUACUAACAGUAAAGCUAAUGCAAACAAGGGCAUUCAGGAUACAGCAUACUGAAUCACACCUGGUCUGACGAGGCUCUAGUGGGUGCAUCUUAUGCACCUAAGAGUUUAUACAUCUUAACUCAAAAGAACACAUUCACCAGACGUCUUAGACACAUAGCUAUAGUCACUAUAGAUUUACAAAUGUGCAUAAACAUACAUCUGUGCAAAUGUAUUAAAAAGUAUGUGACCCAUU